AGUGUCAGCAAGAAGAAAGGCAGAUGAGAUGAAGGCAAAGUGUCACUGACUUUUGCCUCUUUCCCUGGAGAGGAGAUUGCUGAUAUAGAGUCCUUCUGGCCUUCCCAAGACCGUCUGGCAUGAAGAUAUAACUCCAAGUUUCUCAUUCCAAUUAUGGAUCUGAUCAACUCUAAUGAUUACCUGCUCAAUGUCUCUACUUUAAUAAGAAACAGCGUUCACAUUCCAACACCUGCCUCAAAAGUGAUUGUUGCACUUCUUUUGUUCACGUCAUUUAUAAUCGGCACUAUCACCAAUGGUCUCUACCUAUGGGUGUUAAAAUUCAAAAUGAAAAAGACUGUUAAUAAUCUCUUAUAUUUUCAUCUCAUUCUCUCUUAUUUUAUUUCAACAUUAUUUUUGCCAUUUCUGGCCAUCUCCUACCUUCAGGACAAUCACUGGAGCUUUGGAAUGGUCACGUGCAAGGUCUUCAAUAGCAUUUUGUCUACAGGGAUGUUUGCCUCUGUUUUCUUCCUCUCAGCCAUCAGCAUUGAUCGUUAUCUUCUCACUCUUCACCCGGUGUGGUCACAGCUGCACCGAACCCCACGCUGGGUUUCCAGCAUCAUCUUGGGAGUCUGGAUAUUUGCCACUGCCCUCAGCAUGCCCUAUGUGGUUUUCAGGGAGGCACAUGAUGACCAUAAAGGAAGAGUGACCUGCCAGAAUAACUAUGCUGUGUCUACUAACUGGGAAGGCAAAAAGAUGCAAACAUUAAGAAAAUGGAUUCAUGUAGCCUGUUUCAGCAGCCGCUUCUUGCUGGGCUUCCUUCUGCCUUUCCUCAUCAUCACCUUUUGUUAUGAAAGAGUAGCCAAAAAGAUGAAAGACAGGAGCCUCUUCAAAUCCAGCAAGCCCUUCAAAGUCAUGAUGACUGCCGUUAUCUCUUUCUUUGUGUGUUGGAUGCCCUACCAUGUAUACCAAGGCUUAAUUCUCACUAAGAACAGAUCACUACUUUUCCAGUUGACUCUGAUACUCACAGUGAUAAGUACUUCUUUCAAUACUGUCUUUUCUCCCACACUCUACCUAUUUACUGGGGAGAACUUCAAAAAGGUUUUCAAGAAAUCUGUUCUUGCUCUUUUUGAGUCAACAUUCAGUGAAGAUUCUUCGGGAGAAAGGACACAAAACCUAAAUUCAGAAGCCGAUAUUUAA